AUGUCCAAGCCUCGUGUCGCCGAUCCCAAGGCCAUCAAGGUCUUUGGCUUGACGCAGAUCUAUACCCCGCGAGAAGAUCCAACGAUUGAUCUUGUCUUUGUUCACGGUCUCAACGGUCACCCCCACGACUCUUGGACCAGCAAAACAACUGGCUGCUUCUGGCCUACCGACCUUCUCCCGGACGUGCUUGCCUCAUUGUGUCCCCGCAUUCUUACAUAUGGCUACAAUGCCAAUGUCACUGCCUUCACAGAUGGAGCUUCGCGUGAUUCAGUCGUCAGCCACGCCGAGACUCUUGCAUCCAGUCUCGCUGCUAAUCGAAAUUUGCGAGACUGCUCCAACCGUCCGAUAAUAUUCAUCUGCCACUCGCUGGGGGGCUUGAUUGUGAAGCGCGCACUGAUAUACUCCCGUAGUCUCUCAAGCGAGAAGACGGAGCAUCUACGCUCCGUCUAUGUGUCCACAUUUGGCAUUCUUUUCCUUGGUACACCUCACAAUGGAUCUGACAUCGCGAAAUGGGGUCUGUUGCUGCACAAUAUCUGCAACGCGGUGCUCCCGAAGAAUGUCAUGGAGGUGUCUCCGCAGCUUGUCAAAGCUCUGCGGACUAACAAUGAAACCUUGCAACACAUCAACAGUCUCUUUGUUGAUAUCAUGAGCCGCUUCCACAUCUACUUCUUCCAUGAGACACGGUCCACUGACAUUCGUGGUACCCGCGAAGUGAUUGUGGACGAGCACUCAGCCGCGCCGUACAUGGAGGGGGUUGAGCGAGCGGGUAUCGAGGCCGAUCACAGCCAUAUGUGCAAGUUUGACGAUGACAAUGCGGCUGGCUAUGAGGUUGUGGCGGAGGCGAUUCUCCGGUACUCGCGUCAGGCUCCUACUGUGAUUACAGAGCGCUGGGCGGAAGAGAAGCAAGCCCGCAACCAAGAAAAGAAGGCUAAAGCUAGGGAAAUCUAUGACGCUAGAGUAGAUGACCCGACGAAUCGAAGCAUGCCUGAUUUGAACCGCAGUGGUAGGGAUUCAUACCUUCUCCCUGCACCGGAAGUGGCUGUCACGUUGAAGGAAUAUGAGAUUGAGGAGCUUCCUGUUUGA